AUGGCGACUUGCCGGAGGCGUACUAGAUGUUCCUCUUUUUGCUGCAGUGUCUAUGAGCCGGAUAGAAAUGUGCUGCGAAGGAAGGAAUGGGAAAGGAGAAAUCAGGAGGCCCAGCAGGAAGAUGGCACAUUUAACACAAGUUACUCCCUCUUCAGUGAACCGUACAAGACUAACAAGGGGGACGAGCUCUCAAAUCGCAUCCAGAACACACUGGGCAACUAUGAUGAAAUGAAAGACUUGUUAACUGACCGAUCAAACCAGAGCCACCUUGUUGGGGUCCCAAAACCUGGUGUUCCCCAGGCCUCUCUUCCUAAGCCUGAUGAGCAUCUUGUUGCAGAUUCGAGACCUCCGCCGCCUCCAUCUCUUUGCAGUGCUUCUUCUUCCACACCAGCAGCUCUACCUGCGCAGCAGAGCAAAAGCUCCACAAUGGGUUGGCAGAAGGCUGGGCACAAUGCUGCUUCGGAUGGCCAGCAGAGAGCAAGCAAGCACGGGCACAGGUCGCUGGAGUCGCACAAGAGCGACUUUAAACUGGCUAACCAAAAAUCCAGUCUGGAAAAACUAAAACGCUAUGCAUCCAGUCCCACCUCCUCCUCCUCUAACACUGCCCAGCAAAGCUCGCUGAGGUCCACGGUAGGAGACAAUGUCACCAGAGUGCAGCAGCAGUCGAAGCUAAGCUGUGGUUCAGAAGGAGGAGCUCAAGUGCAAGAGAGGCCGUCAAAACAUGGCAGCGGGCAUUGCGUCCAAAACUUCCCACCUUCGCUUGCUUCGAAGCCCAGUCUGGUUCAUCAGAAACCAACAGCUUAUGUGAGACCGAUGGAUGGUCAAGAUCAAGCCCCUGAUGAGUCUCCAAAGCUGAAGUCACACAGGGGAGUGCCUUCUAGCAAACCUGAUUCAGCCAGGACCAAGUCAAAGAUAGCAAAAUUCAGCAUUCCUAAGCAAGACGAGGACAGUGGAACAGGAGAUAACAGCUGCAUUGAAGAAAUAUUGCGGGAGAUGACCCAUUCUUGGCCUCCACCGCUGUCAGCUAUUCAUACGCCAGGCAAGGUUGAUCAAAACAAGUUUCCCUUCCCGAAUAAGGAGUCACAACAGGGAUCUACAGGACACAGCAAUACAAGAAAAAGUGAUGUAGAGCCAAAGAGUCCAGAGAAAAGCGCAACCCAUGCAUCAAUGCUAGAAGAUGACCUCAAGUUAAGUAGUGAUGAAGAGGAGAAUGACCAGCAGGCAGCACAGAGAUCUGCUCUCCGCGUUCUAUCUGACAGCCUGGUUGUGCCGCAGCCCAAUUCCCGAGCCGCAGGACUCUCCAGCAAGGGGUCAAGCAGCAGCAGUUCCAGUGAAUCCGAGACCAGCUCCGAGUCUGACUCAGAGAGUGAAAGCAGCUCCAGCGAGAGUGACGGCAGCAAGCCCUCGCAUUGCUCCAGCCCAGAGAUCUUUAAAAAGGCUGAUCCUGGCUGGACAGCCGGUGAACUCCAUGCGAACUUCUCUAUGUGGGAAGGGCUAGAGGGAGGAACUGCAAAGGAGCUGGAGGAACAGUUUUACACCCUGGUUCCUUUCGGUAGGAAUGAGCUCCUGUCUCCUCUGAAAGACAGUGAUGAGGUAAAGUCGCUGUGGGUCAAAAUUGAUUUGACUCUUUUGUCCAGGAUUCCAGAGCGCUUGCCCGAAGAGCCGCUGGCAAUGAGCGCCGGAGCAAACGAGGCGGCCAGCCUUCAGCAGGCUAGUAGUGCUGACCCCCCCGCAGAGAAGGCAACAGCAACAGUGGCAGUAGGUAACCCAGAAAAUGUAGUUGCCAUGCAGCCAAGCAAUAAAUACAGCAGAUUCAACGUAUCGCAAUGUGAGAAUGAGGAAGAGUACAGAGAAAUCAAGAAGACUCAUUUAGAACGAGAGAGUUCUUCACGAUUAGCUGCCUCUGCCCAUAGCAUCACAGCAGCAAAUCACUGCAAUAUGAAUGAAAAUAGCUUGGCAAUACCAAUAAAUAAAAAUGAGAAAAUGCUUCGGUCACCCGUCUCUCCCCUCUCUGAUGCAUCAAAACACAAAUACUCGAACGAUGAUUUAACUUCCUCCAGCAGACCUAAUGGCAGCAGUCUAUUACCUUCCAUCUCCUCCAGCAAAAAACAUAAGGGUGAAAUCCAGUCACAGCCACAUGCCGGAGACUUCGAUAAAGCAAUUCACAUCAAUUCAGAAAAUGUUCUUCUCUGCAAUAAGCCGCAGUCCCAAGCAGAGCUCUGGUCACCUUUGUCCAGCACUCCCAGGGACUGCAGAAGGACAAAGCUUAUCUUCGAUGAUAUGCCACGCAAUGCUGAUUACUUUAUGCAGGAAGCUAAACGGAAGAAGCAUAAAGCAGAUGCAAUGGUGGAAAAGUUUGGAAAGGCACUGAAUUAUGCAGAAGCAGCACUGUCAUUCAUUGAGUGUGGAAAUGCAAUGGAACAAGGCCCAAUGGAAUCUAAAUCCCCUUAUACAAUGUAUUCAGAGACAGUUGAACUCAUCAGGUAUGCAGUGAGACUAAAAACCCACUCAGGCCCCAACGCCACACCAGAAGACAAACAGCUGGCAGCAUUAUGUUACCGCUGCCUGGCACUUCUGUACUGGAGGAUGUUCCGACUCAAGAGGGACCAUGCUGUCAAGUAUUCAAAAGCGCUUAUUGAGUAUUUCAAGAAUUCAUCAAAAGCUGCCCAGACCCCAUCUCCUUGGGGUGCCAGUGGAAAGAGCACAGGAACUCCAUCACCCAUGUCCCCUAGCCCUUCUCCAGUCAGCUCUGUAGGAUCCCAGGGGAGCACAGGGGCCCCUUCCCCAUCUCCUAUAAUCAGCAUCCCGCAGCGCAUUCAUCAGAUGGCCGCCAACCAUGUCAGCAUCACCAACAGCAUCCUGCACAGUUAUGACUACUGGGAGAUGGCGGACAACCUGGCCAAGGAAAACAGAGAUUUUUUUAACGACUUGGAUGCAUUGAUGGGACCUGUCACCUUGCACAGCAGUAUGGAGCAUUUAGUUCAGUACACUCAACAAGGACUUCACUGGGUGCGGAAUAGCGCUCACUUGUCAUAAUGACUGUGUGCCAUUCACGUGGACUGUAUAACUUCCAUGGAUAAUUCAGUUAUUCUGGACACUGUGCUACAGAAAUAGUCAGCCACAGCAUUGAUCCAAACAAAGGUGAAUAUUUCUUCAAUGUUGAACAAACUUUUUCUGAGUGUAGACAUGUACGUGUGCGUAUAUACGAUAUACAGUGAUGUCUCUUCAGAAUGAAUUGUUCUGUACCACUCUCCAAACAUUUUCGUACACUAGAAAUAAUAGAAAGAACUGAUCUUAAUACACAAAACAUAUCCUUUCUACUCUCGUGCUGAAAAACUCAGAAAUCAAAAUCUCAUGGGUUGGUUGAACCAAGUGCAGUAAGCACAAAUCCCUAUUCAGCAAAGCUCUCAGUAGACUCUUAAAUUUAAGCUUGUACUGAAAUCCCAUUGACUUCAGUGGAGCUUAAGCACUUACACAAGGGCUUUCCUGAACUGGGAUGAAUGGGGGCAAAUCACGGCCAUGGAGAACUUUUACUGAGAGCACAGAUGCCACAGAAGUUUCAGUAUUAAAGUUCCAUCUUGCUGUUACUUCCCCACUGGGACACACAGAGGAGUCGUGUAGACUGCAUUAAUAUGGAGAAAGAAGGCAUUCCUUCACGUGCAAUAAGUUUCAACAGAUUGCAGGCAUUUCUUUAUCUCCUGUCUUUUUAAAUAACCACACCUCUUCUUCAGCUCCUCACCAACAGUAUGACCUACCGUUUCAAGUAAAAAACCUGAAAAACAGAUAUGCUAAUAGCAAGAACUUAAAAGAGACUGUGGAAAAUUGCAUUCUGUUACUGACAGCAAAUAGAUAAAUGAAAAAAAAAUUGCAAACUGCAAUCCACUUAGUAAAGAAAAUGUAUAAAUUCCAGCUGCGUAUACACAGAGAGACAGAGAGAUAUCUGUAACAUUUGUUGGCUUUGCAUGGGAAGGCUUCAUCUUACAGAUUUUGAUUUUUGUAUCUUUUUCAUCCAGCAGAAGCUUGCUGCAUUUUCUUCUAGGCUGUAUGGGAACAUUACAUGCAAUUUCCUUUAUCUGGGAAGCUGAGUUUGCUGCUUACCAAGCUAAGAACUGUUUCUAUCAUAAUCCUCUCACUCUUCAUGCAUAAUCCUCAACUAGGGUUUAAUGUUUCUUGAUUUACAGAAUGUUUUCAGUUCCUGUUGACAAGCUGUUUUUGGUACCAGGGGAUUUAAUCCUGCAAUAAUUGCAGUUGAAUUUGGGUCAGCUGAGGUCAAGACCAGUUCCUAACAGCUAUGUUUGCAUUUAGUGCUUUUUUUUUUAUUUUCAGUAGGUUUGGCACAUUUAGUUUUCUUCUUCUGUAUUGGAAAUGUAAUUUUGUUGCCUAUUUUGCAGUCAGAUUUGCAGCCCUUACUCAGCUCAGCAGCUCCAGUGACUUCAAUGGACUCUUCUUGCCACUGCCACUGACGGGACCCUUUGUUUGUUAUUUUCUAAUCUAAUUUACUUAUAUAUUAAGGAAAUACGAGUACAAAAAAACUCUUUCAAUAGAAGAUACAAAUAGAAGUAGCCACUAAUAUUGAUGGUUGAUCAGCUACUCCCUGCUGCCUUUUUUUCUCCCCCAUUUUUGAAGAGCUGCAUUAAAAAUAAUAAUAAUAAUAUGGCAUAUUUUCUCAUUAAAACAUCUUUGGUAAGACAGGCUAUAUUUACCCAAUGGUAAAGAGCAGGUUUGAGAGCACAUUGAGCUUGACAUAGCUGCAUUUUUUUUUUUGUCUAGGCUAUUUAACUAUAACUCCAGCUAUUGCUCAGACUCAGAGCACUGACACUGUCCUUUGAAGCAGCCCAGCAGGGUAGCUACUGGGGAAUGCUCAGCCCCCGGCCAUCCUAGGCCAGUGUUUAUGUACCAAUUGGUGCUCGCAUCCUUCCUCCUCCAGAGAGCUCCUGAGCUCCAGGAACUUCUUAGCAUGGGCUUGUGUGUUAUAGCGUGGGUAGUGGGCAAGGCUGGCUUUAAGAGUGAGCAUGGACCUGCCUUUAAAUGACAAAGUAAAUGUUCUCUGAGUCCUCCAGUGAUUCUUAACUCCAGCUGUUACCUGCCCCAAAAAUAACACAAAUUAUUUCAUCACAAGUAUCAGUGGGGAAUUUGAUCAGUGCCUUUCUGUUUAUUACUUUCCUGGUUUUCAGCUGUGGAAGUCUGCCCUGAUUUACUAGACUGAAUUCUGUGAGCUGCCAUAAGCAAUGGAUUCUGUGAGCUGCUUCAAUACUGUAGGAAGGUACUGUGGGAUUUCUCCUCAGAUCAGGAAAGUGAAAUUCCCAUUAGAUUAGUUUCUGUUUUCUUCGAUGGUGCCUGUGAUAUUUGUCUUCAGAUAAGUUUUUUGAGUUUGGAAGUCCUUAUUGCUAUUUAAUGUUGAGCAAAUUUAGAAGCAACAUAUAUUACUUGCCUUAAAUGGAGUUUAGUUUUAUUGCACACUUAGCAUUUGAGUUUCAAGGAGGGAACUUUGAAGCAUGUUUAUUUUAUUAAGAUUAGGAUAUUUUUCCUAAUCAUAAUGAACUCUUCGUAUGGAUGUCAUAUGUCAAGCCACUUCAAAGAAAUGCAGGAAUUAAUGCUGUUGUAUUGUCACGUGUUUCCGAGUACUUAGGAUCUAUUGUAGAUGAUUGUCCUUUCCUGUAAAUUGUUCUUGUAUUGAAGUAUUCCAGCUAAAAGACCCGUUGAUUUCUGAUUUUUUUAGUUUUUAUGCUGGCAUCAUCUAUGUUGACUAUCUGAUGAGCACUCUGAGCCUUAAUCUCUGGUGGUGUAACAGGAUGAAGUAGCAGCCAUUUAAACCAACUAGACGUAUAAAUGGAUUAGAGGUUUUGGCCUUCUCUCCAUAAGGCUUCUUACAGCUGGACUGUUUUGGUGAGGUUGUUCAGAAUACUCUUCUGGGUAGACUAUUUACUAUAUAUGGUUGCAGCUGUUUGGAUGACUGGAGCUGAAUGCGGCAUGGUGACAACAAAUCCUUCCUUUCAUUUUCUUAGGGCCUGAUCUGGAAAAGUGCAUGUGGUUUUAAGGUCUGGUCCAAUCAAGCAUAUGCUUCACUUUAAGAACCUGAAUAGUCCUGUUUAUUUCAACAGGAGCUGAAGGUCCUCUGUGCAUUCUAGGUGAGACCAGUGGAGAUUGUUCUUAUUUGAGGUUCCAUGAAAGAAGCUUAUUCAUUUUAAUCUGUUGUUAAAGUCCAGGAAUGUGUAGGCUUCUUUACACCGCAGCAAUUUGCAGGUUCAUUUUGCAGAAGUAAGAAGUCAUUCUGUAGAAAUCCAGAAGGAUUAUGCCUGGAGGGAGAGGUUUGUUUACAAAUGAACAGACGCUUCUGAAUCAGUCAGGGCUGGUAAAGCAAUUGGGAUGCACUCAAAGGAACCACAUAGCGCAGGUGCGUACAACCAGGGCAGGGUAGCUUAUGGGAUAUUCAGAGACAGCAAGAUUAUACAGACCCCACUGGCCUUAACCUUUUAUGGCAUUCCUCGGUGGCAUGAAUGACAGAUGAGAGUAAAACAUAUACAGAGGCUCAAGUGUGGCUAAAAACUAAGCAUAGUCCUCACAUCAUAUGAAAGGAAAUCCCAGUCCCUUGCUUGCCUAUUUCUUUUAAUCCAAAUAUCACAGGGCUCCAGAGGAAGAGACUACAAUGAACAGAGGACUUUACGAAAGGAGGUUAAGGAAGAUCAAGCCCUAAGUGUAGAUGCAAGCACAUAUGUAUAUACUGUAAAUCUAAAUAGUAAUAAAAGUCAUUCAGCAUGAAGGAUAUUACUAGUGCCUGCCUGCCAUUGAUCAUCAAACACCUAUCACUGAGCAGCCAUAUCACCUCAGAAGUGCAGUAACUGUUAGCAAAAUAAUUUGUGCAGCUAAUUAAUUUAUAAGAAAUGCCCCUUUGGGAUUGUGCCAUAGUAUCUCUUUUGUAAUACAAAUGUUCAACCAUUUUUCAUAGCUACUGAUACAAAUCUACAUCACUGAAAUGUCAGGAUAUCUUUUUUCCUAGAUGAGGACAUAUACUUAGACCUGGCUAAUCUGUGCUUAGUUUAUCUACCCAAGAGACUUUAGUAGUCACCCGCCUUAACGCACGUACAGCAUAUACUAUUGACUGACUUAGUUGUAGUUUUUAAUACAAAUGAAAUUGGAAUUUGCAAAAUGACUUGGAUUAAUGGCGUCUGCCUCUGCAUCUCUGCAGAUGUGACAUUAAAUGUUUCAUGUUUUUAAGCAGGAAAGGUUGAAUUUUUUUGUAAAUAACAGUGGCUGAAUUCCUUGAUCUUUUUACAAGAUUUUUGUAAAUUAAAAGAUUGUCAAAGCAAUAUGUUUUUUUACUCUCCUAAAUUUUCUGGAGGGUCAUGAGUUCAUGGUCAAAGCUAUAUUAAGAACAUCUCCUUCUGCGAUAUGCCUUGCCUUUACCUAAUCCGCUUAACGCUUAGUAUGUCAAAAAGAAAUGUUUCUUUUUCACAAUGAUAGCAAUGUUUCCCUCCCCCCAUUAAGGCAGAAUCCUCAAGCUAAAGAAUAAAAUCUCCUAACACAAUAGAAAUACAAACAGUGCCUGAAGAAUAUGAAUUUGUUAAGAUAACGAUAGGAGUUUGGGUGGCACAGAUCUAACAUGCCUCUCAUUUUGAUAACUUUUUGUUAGCAUUUACACCACAUAUUUAAAGUCAUUGUGUUUGAAACUAGAGAAUUACUCUGAUUCUCAUGUCAUAAAUAGGCCUGAUGGGCCUGAUCACUAUCAUAAUUGUUGCAUUAGUUGAUGUGCUGUGUGCCGAAGGCUGGUGAGGCACCACGGAUAAAUUUGUCAGAAUGCAUUCAGAAAAGCAUUUGGAUGCUCUUACGUCUAGAAAACUGGACAACAGUGUCUCUCGCACAAUACUGUUAGCAUGAAACUUUGGUUACUUUAACAUCUCUCAUAAAGGUGCCAUUGCCUUCAGUAAGGACAAUGCUCCAUUUCCAGCAUUACUGGGGUGAAUCCAGCAUUACAGCAUUACUGCUGUGAAUUUUUUUUAAUAUUAACUAACACAUUGGGAAAGUCACUUUGGGAACUGUUUUCCCUCACUGCAUAGAAGAAAACACUUACACUGAGAUUUGGAACGUCCAAGGCUCUAUACGUCUUUCUCUCAAAAGAGUAUGGUUUUCCUCAGUGAGAAAGGCAGGAUUCAACUGGGGAUAUUUCCUCAGGUAAUUCCUUUGUGUCUGCGUACUGCCUGGCUCCAUUGUGCUUGCUAGUCUUCAAGUAUGCAUGCACUUUCAGGGCUGUUUUCUACUUUGGCAGCCCAAGCUACCCUUCAAACAAGGUGCUGGAGCAUGGAGCAAGCAAGUAACCCACAAGUGGCAUAAAAGGCCCUGCUUUCUCCCGCAAUGCCAGCAGCAAAUACAGUGAGACUCCCUCUCUUUCCUGAUGUGUAGUUUGAAUUUCACACUGUUUGCUUUUCCUCCAAAUUCAUCACUGCUUUCCCCACUGCUACUGCUGCAGAAUAACCAGAAUACAAUUUAGGUUCAGGUCAGAGCAGAAGCAAAAGCUAUAGGGGAGAACACAGAGCAGUGGAGUGACAGCCUCUGCCGAUAUGAACUCUCCUAUAGCUAUAGUAAUAAACUGCUUCUGCUCUGACCUGAACCUGAACAGCGUUUUGGUUAUUCCACAACACCACCCUCUAAGGGCUCCAGUGAGUGCAAGGAAGACUAAAGAAUGCCAAAAAAUUGGGGAUUUCCUCUGUCCCACGGCACAUAUUCCUUUUUGGGAGAGAACAUAGAGAGGAGCAUGGAUUAUAAGGCACUCAGAUCUCAUGUUCCUCAUAUAUACUAACACAGGGAUACUUAAACUUAUCUGCCUCAUAGGGCUUUAUGAGAAUUAAUUAAUGUCUGAAAAUCACUUUGCAUCCUCAGAAGGAAAGUGCUGUACAAGAGCUAUGGAAAAAACUGCUAAGCACAUUGGAUGAAUUUCACCCCUGAGUCUAGAGCUACAAGACCCUUGAACUCUUAAAUACCACGUAAGCUCUCAAAGUAAGUGCCAGAGUAUAUAAAAGCUCUGCUUAGCACUGAGGGGAACCAGAGCCUAGGUGAAAAUGCCAUUCCCAGAGUAUCCAUAACUUUGAUCCUGGUGGAAAGCAAGAAUCACAACAGCACCGAAUAGGACAGACAGUGCAGGCUAACCACGUGGUGUGCAGCCUAAAAACUUUAAGGUUCUAUAUAUGUCUUUAAGUCACUUUGUCUUUCUAUGGAAGAAAUUUGCCUCCCAAAUCUUACCGAGUCUAUUUCUUCUGAACAGCCUCAGAAAUGUUCAACUUCUUUGUUAUGCCAAAUCCAGCUUUGAAUUACUCCCAAUCAAUGGGUAUUUUCUUUAAAAUGGUGCAUUGCAGAGGAGACUGGUUGCUUUUGGGGAUAUAAGAAAAAAAUAUGUACCUCUAUGCAUCUUUUUGUGAUGCACAUUACCAGUAACUCAUCCGGUAAGUCAGGUGGAGCUUAUGUUGGCAAUGCAAUGUUCAGGGAGUUACCUUCCCAAAGCCCGCUGCUGUUAGCUGGCAUAACAGGGUUAAAUUCCCAGUGCUUUUCUGACACAUUACCUCUACAAGUUAGCAGUAAAGCACUUCAUCAAUGCCAGGGAACGAACACCAAUCAAUCAACAAAAUGUUUCUGUUGCUUUUGAUGCUAUUCAGACAAUACUAACAAAUCCAUCCUUACUUAGCACGAUUUAUUGUUUUUUUCCUCCAUUUAGCACUCUUCUAUCUGGAAUUCUCAUCCCAUCAACAGACAUUUGAAAGGAAACACUUCUUGGGGGAACAAGCUAGACAUAGAUAAGACUUAUGAAAGUAUAGGCUCUUCUUAGUCUUUUUGUCACUUCUAUGACAGAAAAUACUUGUAUUUAAAAAGCAUAUUUUUAUUUGCAGUUGAGAUUUUGGGGCCUGCCUUCAUCCAUGACAAACAAGUUUGUCUUCCAGUUGCGUAAAGUGCUGCCUGGGGACAUGGGGACUUCUAGCUUGCCCCAGCAAAUCACAAAUAGUUAAUUAGAUCCAUGAUCGAUACAUUGAUUAAUUUUAUAUGUCCUCAGUCUUUCGUUUCACCUUCCUGAUCGCACAGCUUGCUCUUCCUGCAGCUCUAGACAUUUUCUUCCCCAACUCCAUCUCCCAAGGAAGAGAAGGGAGACACUGAUAUUACUCACACAAGAAAAGAUGGACGACAGUGCAGAGCUGCUCUGAGCAGUUCAGGACCUUCCUGUUUUCUUCUCUUUCCCACCCAACUUGUGGGACUUGGCUACUUUCUCCCAUUAUUCCUUGUAAGAAAUUUCUGUUCCCUCCUGAGGAAAACAUACUGAGCACCACUGAUGCUGUGCACAAAUGCUGAUGGGCUCUUCUCAGGGUAAGAAGGGAAUGGAGGAGGCUCCUAAUCUGGGGUAUCUCCCAGCACAGCUGUGCAAGGGAUCAAAAAUCUAGUGCUGGUGACUCAGAAGCCCCUGUGGGAAAUAGCAGUGCAGUCAGAGGAAUUACCGCAAUGUCUCCAGGCCUAGUAGCCAUGGGCUCACAUUGUGCUAUUGAUUUGCUUGAAUGAGCGUUGCCACUUUAUGACCCUGCACUAGAACCAGGAGGAACUAGUGGCUUCCUACCUGUGCAAGGCUCUUUUUUUGGGUAAUGUUGACACAGUCAGCAUUAUAACAAUGCAUGGAGGUCAAAUAGCAAGAGAAGUUGGAACGGGAGAGAAUAAUGUCCUGACCUCAACACUGAAAGUGGGAUUCAUCUCAUCCUGUAUUGAAGGUCUAAAAUAAACAAGAUGAAUCACACACUAGAAAUGCCUCUUUCUCUCUCUCCACUGUCUACAGAGGGAAUCUAGGUGAUGGACUCAGAUACAGAGGCAAUAUAAAUCCCAUCCCAGGUUUAUGAUUGUACCUGCUGCUAUGGAGAGAGCCUGCUGAAAUCGGUAAAAUAUCUUUGGAUGCGCUGAUGCAGGAUAUGGCUGAGAUCGCUUUGGGAGGUAGCAGACAUGCAGGAAAAUAUGUAUGGGGUAAAUACAUUUAUUCCUGAAAUAUUUAAAACAUUUAUCCAUAUAUUUUGGAUUUGGGCCAUCACUUCCCAUUCUCUAAUUCACAGGGCCCAAAUCCAAAGAGGUAAGUAGUUACUUGAGGCCUGAAUGUGCACCUGUAUUCUAUUAAGAUUACUGAAAUAUCCCGAUUACUGAAACAUCCAGAAGAUGUAUUUUACAGUUUAGUAAACAUGCAAAGGUACUUUUUUUUCAUAUGUUGUCUGAAAGUACAGCUGGCUUUCUGUAAACAGAAGAAACAGUUUUUCUGUAGCUUGUGAAAGAGAUCAGAUUGGCCAUGAGCCAAUAUUAGGCCAAUAUUACUCUUUUUAUGGAAAUUCAACAGCAUUUGUCAAUUCGUUAUGUGAAAGAACUGAAACAAACUUGCAAUUUUAUCCACGAUGAACAGGCUGUAAGCAACACAGGGCCAUCUAAAGCUCUUGACCUGCCUGCACAACAGCAGCCCCAUAGCAGCUCCGGGGGUAUUCUUGGACGUAAUUUGAGGCAAGGCAUUUCCCUUGCCUCCCUCUACUGUCAGUGGAGACUGAAAGAGCAGCUUCUUUAGUGAGACAUUCAGAGCACUUGAAUUAAGCUUUGCUUGUCGUGCCAUUUGUAAGCUGUCUCUUUCCACUGACUGCAAAAGGAGCCUUGGGAGACCAGGCAAAAGAGCUGCGCAGCGUGCGUGCUUCUACCUGCACAGAGGCCAAGGCAAACAUGUGGUCUUCAGGAAGCCAGGCCUUCCUGUGCAGUGCCAUUACUGCAUGCUGACCACAGUAGGCUGAAGUUAUAACCAGUGUAACAAAACACGGCACAUAAAAAUGCAGACGUCGCCUACGACAGCUUCCUGCCUUCCUGCGUGUGUUAUGAACGGAUCUCUGGACUGCUGCGGUGUCUACCGACCUGGAGGAACCCAGGCCAUGUCGCGAUAGACGUCCUGCAAAGUGGACGAUAGACUCCGCUCCAAAGAGUUAUCAUCUCACAAAAGCCAAAACCAAACUGCACA